GUUACUGUUUUCCUCUUUAUUCUCUAAUGGUUAGGGAGAUGAUCAAAUUCAAUUAAAAAAUGGUCAUUAAAAUAAGUUUCCAUCGAUUUCAGAGUGAAUUUUUUAUGAGUCAACUUAAAAUACAACUAAAACAUUGUAAGAGACAAAUAUUUAUUGCAGCAAAGCAAACGCGUGGACUUAGCCCCAUAGUUGACAAUGCAUCAAAGCAUACGUAAGUACCACACGUGAUUUCAAAAAAUACUUACUUGUAGGCUAAGCUAAAGCGGGGUAACAUCAACAUAUAUAACUAGUGAUCAUAGUUCUGUUUUUUCCUCAUCAAAUCAAAUCUUAGAAAACAUUUGAUUCCAUUCCACAAUAACAACAAAACACAACAACAUUACUUUAUUUGUUUACAAACACAACGAGAGUUGCUUUUAUCCUCGCAAAAGAACACACACACACACACUCACAAAUAGAGUUGCAUAAUUAUGGCGGAUGCAUUAAGCGGGGUUGUGGUGGGAAAGAUCGUGAAUCAAGCUUAUGAAACAAUUAAAAAUAUUCAAGAGUUUGUCCCCACUCUCGAAAGGAGCAUAGAAAUUUCCAACGCUUUGGAGCCUUUGGCUGAACAGAUAAAAGUUUUCAACGAUGUGUUGGAUCGACCAAGAGAAGAGAUAGAAAGAUUAGAGAAACAUAUAAGAGAAGGUAAAGAGCUUGUGCAAAAAAGCAAGAAGCUUAGUCUUAAUCUAUGGAAGUGUCUUCUUUUUCCUGGUCAACGAGCAAAGCUUCAGAAGCAAAAUGAGGAUUUUCUGAGAUAUUUGUCCCUUGUGCAAGUUGAGAAUAAAAGGGAUUUGAUGGAGGUGUUGACUCAUGUGAAAGAUAAUCAUGUGAAUCAAAUUAGGGGUCUGUGUGGUGCUCCUCAGGAGCCUGAAUUUAUUGGAAUGGUUAAGCAAUUUAAUGAGUUGAAGGUUGAAUUGAUGAAGGAUGGUGCUUCUGUGCUUGUUUUGACUGGUUUGGGUGGAUCUGGUAAAACCACUCUUGCUAAGAAGCUCUGCUGGGAACAAGAAAUCAAAGGCAAGUUUGGUGGAAACAUCUUUUUUGUUACUGUCUCAGAAACUCCCAACUUGAAGAACAUUGUAAAGACACUAUUUGAACAAUGUGGACGUCCGGUGCCUGACUUUACAAACGAAGAAGAUGCAAUUAACCAAUUGGGACAUCUGCUGAGUCAAUUUGAGAGAAGUCAAAUAUUAUUAGUCUUGGAUGAUGUUUGGCCUGGCUCAGAAAGCCUUGUUGAGAAGUUCACAUUCAAAUUGCCAGAUUAUAAAAUUUUGGUGACUUCAAGGGUUGGAUUUAGAAGAUUUGGCACCCCAUGCCAGUUGAAUCCACUUGAUGAAGAUCCUGCAGCGUCCCUUUUCCGUCACUAUGCACAAUUGCAUCACAUCAUCUCAUACAUGCCGGAUGGAGAUCUUGUUGAUGAGAUAGUGAAAGCUUGUAAGGGUUCACCGUUGGUGCUAAAGGUCAUUGCUGGAUCACUUCGUAAUCAGCCUUUUGAGAAGUGGCUAGAUAUGAAGGAACGAUUAAAUAGUCAAUCCAUUUUUGAGUCUAAUAGUACUGACUUGCUUUGUCGCCUUCAACAAAGUUUGGAUAUGUUGGAGGAUAUCAAUGAGAAGGAGUGCUUCCUGGAUAUGGGACUAUUUCCUGAAGACCAGAGGAUCCCUGUUACUGUCCUCAUUGAUAUGUGGGCAGAACUGUAUAAUCUAGAUGAAGGUGGUAUUAAAGCGAUGACCAUCAUCCACGAUUUAAUCACCAGGAAUUUUAUUAAUGUCAUAGCUACAAGGCAAGUUGCAACAGAAACCGACAUGUACUACAAUAAUCACUAUGUCAUGCUGCAUGAUCUCCUCAGAGAACUAGCAAUCCGUCAAAGCAAAGGGGAAUCAUUUGAACAGAGAAAAAGACUGAUCAUUGACUUAAAUGGAGAUACUCGUCCUGAUUGGUUGAUUGGACUGAAUCAGCAAGGAAUCAUUGGUCAGAAACAACGAAAAGUUGAUGCCCGCAUAUUGUCUAUAUCAACUGUUGAAAACUUUUCUUCGGAUUGGUGUGAUAUGCAACCUGACGAAGCUGAGGUUCUGGUUUUAAAUCUUCGAUCUGACCAGUACUCAUUACCGGAUUUCACAGACAAAAUGAGGAAACUGAAAGUUUUAAUAGUCACAAAUUAUGGUUUCAAUCAUUCUGAAUUAACCGAGUUUGAGCUACUUGGUUCUUUGUCAAACUUGAAAAGAAUAAGGUUGGAGAAAGUGUCAGUCCCUUGCCUAUGCAUAUUGACGAAUCUGCGAAAAUUAUCCCUUCAUAUGUGCAAUACAAGGGAUUCUUUUGAAAACUGUUCUAUCCAAAUUUCAGAUGCUAUGCCAAAUCUAGUGGAGUUGAGCAUUGACUAUUGUAAUGAUUUGAUUAAAUUGCCCGAUGAAUUGUGUAACAUUACCACAUUGAAGAAGCUCAGUAUCACAAAUUGUCACAAGCUUUCUUUAAUGCCUCGAGAUAUUGGAAAGUUGGAGAAUUUGGAAGUGCUGAGGCUUUGUUCUUGUUCUGAUUUAGAAGAGAUGCCAGAAUCUGUUGCAGGCCUAAACAAGCUAUGUUGUCUCGACAUCUCAGACUGUGUGACUCUUUCAAAAUUAUCGAACGAUAUAGGUGACUUGAAAAAGCUUGAGAAGUUCUACAUGAAGGGUUGCUCAAACUUGAAUGAUCUUCCUUAUUCUGUCUUCAAUUUUGGAAAUGUAAAGCAUGAAAUACAUGUGAUCUGUGAUGAAGAAGGUGCUGCAUUAUGGGAACAAUAUCCCAACAUUCCCAAUCUAAAGAUAGAUAUGCCUAAAGUCGAGAGUAACUUAAAUUGGCUUCAUGGAACUCGUUCGUGAGUGUUGUUUCACGAAGAAAAAGUAACUUGAACUCAUGUUGAACUUCUAAGCAAUGUUGCAACACAUAUGUUUUCCUAUUUAUCAUAAUCUUGUCGAUAUAACUGUAGUGAACGAAGCUUGAGUUUGUGUUACUGUACAUGUAACAUACUCAAUGUGUCCUAAAAGGACUUGUCAAAAAAAAAAAAAGUGUCCUAAAAGAUUAUUCCGUGUGUUAUUAUAGCAUGACAAUUACUAUUAUAGCAA